AUCUAGGAAAUGCUUCAAAACCAAUAAAUUUUUGGUUUAAUUACAUAAAUUGAACUGUACAAAAACUGAUGUAUUGUAUAUGCAGACAACGUGUUACAAGUCCGUGGCAAUUGACUUCUGUUGAAUAUAGUAGCUUCAAUAUUCCUGUUGCAUAUCCAGAUGAACCGACAUUUGCUAGUCAUUCGGUCAAUUGCUUAAGUGUUCGCUCUUAAACUUUUAGUCGAAAUGCCUCACUCAGGUACCUUGACGAUGUUUACGAUCGGAUCUGGGAAGCUACAAACAAUAAUUUAUGGAUCAUACUGAACACCACAUCUGCAAUUGAUUUAUCUGUUAAUGAUGAUGCGUAUAAGUACAAGAUUCCGGGGGAAGUUCUUCGGACCGCUCAAAGAUCUAUGAAUGCCAGCUCUCCCUUGAAGUUUGCGUGGUCUCCGAUCAUCACAAAAAAAUGGAUUGUGUACUUUUAUUUCAUGGAGAUUGAGAGACUGACAAGCGGCCAGCAAAGGGAGUUCACAAUUUCCAAUGAUGAUAAUCAAUUCAGGGAGACGGUGAGCCUUGAGUACUUAAAGCCAGUGGUUGUAGUUUCCACUCCAGUUAACGGGGGGAACAUCACCUUCUCAAUUGAAUCGACUAAUAAGUCUGGAAAGCCACCGAUCCUCAAUGCCGUAGAGUUCUAUACCAUUGGUGAUCUUUCAAAUGUACCAACAGCACAAGAUGAUGGAAAUUGAGCUCUAGCAAUUUGACGGGGGAAAUAGUCUCAUCAUUUUUACUUCUAUCAACAAUGGAAUACUUAGAUUUGUCCAACAAUCAGCUUACAGGAGCAAUACCAGAAACUUUGGCCGAAUUACAAAAUCUUAGAAUUCUAAAUCUAAGUGGAAACAACCUCAUUGGAUCAGUUCCUGAAGCUCUUAAGAAAAGGGUUCUGGACAAUACUUUGAUCAUGAGUUUGACAGGAAACGCGAAUCUUUGCCAAGCUAAUCCUUGCCCGCAGAAGAAGAAACCAAAAAAGAUCCUCAUUCCAGUUGUUACAUCAAUUUUAGGCUUCUUUCUAGUUCUUUUUGGUGCUUUGGCUAUCAUUUGGUUAAUUAAACGGAAAAGAAUACCUGAAUCUAGUGAAAGGACUUUGAGAUCAAAAAAUCGAUCAUUUAAGUAUGGAGAGGUUUCAAGAAUCAUUGGGAACUUUGGACGAGUGAUCGGUGAAGGUGGAUUUGGAAAAGUAUAUCUUGGUACAUUAGAUAACGGCACCCUAGUUGCAGUGAAGAUGCUCUCUGAAUCAUCAAAGCAAGGGUACAAGGAAUUUCAUGCCGAGGCUCAACUCUUGAUGAUUGUUCACCAUGGAAACUUAGUUUCUUUGUUGGGAUAUUGCAAUGAUUCCAGGCACAUGGCAUUAAUAUAUGAAUACAUGGCAAAUGGAAAUUUAAUGCAACAUUUAUUAGAGGACCAUUUGAAGGUCUUGACAUGGAAUAAGAGACUACAAAUAGCUGUUGAUGUGGCACAAGGUUUGGAUUAUUUGCAUAACGGUUGCAAGCCACCCAUCAUCCACAGAGACUUGAAGACUACAAAUAUCUUGUUGAAUGAAGACUUCCGAGCCAAAAUAGCUGAUUUUGGCUUGUCAAGAGCUUUUGCGUCUGAAAACCACUCUUAUGUGUCAACUUGUCCUGCGGGCACUCCUGGCUACCUCGACCCCGAGUUUCAGUCUUUUGGAAACUUAAACAAGAAGAGUGAUGUUUACAGUUUCGGAAUUGUACUCUUUGAGUUGAUCACAGGCCAACGCGCAACAAUGAGAAGCCAAGAUGGCGGCCUCAGCAUGCACAUACUUCAAUGGUUGAUUCCUAUCAUCGAAAGUGGUGAUUUACAAAGGAUUAUGGAUCCAAGGUUACAAGGAGAAUUUGACAUCAACUCAGCUUGGAAAGUAGUGGAGAUUGCUAUGUCCUGUACAAAACCAAUGGCGAUUCAAAGGCCGGACAUAAAUCAAGUGUUGAUAGAGUUGAAGGAGUCUUUGGUGAGCGAAGCAAGGGUUCUCCUGAAAUGACCUCCUUGGAGCUCCAUUCUGGUAGUGCCCCUUUGGCAAGGUAGCAGAACUUUUUCAAUCCAGGAAGGCUAUCUUCCUUUUAGGUUAAAGAUUAACUUUGGUCCUGAAAUUUGUACUUUAAAUGCAUCAUCCAUUUCCCCUUUCUUUCGGUCA